GAUUCAGUGACUGCAUAUUUUUGUCAAGACUGGAAGUAAAGAUAAAUCAUACAGCCAAAAUAUAGACUUCUGUAGCUGUAAAUCUGGAAUACACUCGGGUGCUUUUAGAUGGCUUCAUUUCGAAAUGCUAGUUGUAUACUUCUUGAUAGCUUCAUGUGUAUAUCUCGGAAACCACAGUGGAACAGUCUGCUAAAUUUAUCCUAUGACGGUGAUACAGAAAAGGUAAUGAUGUGUUUGAGACGCAGACAGGAUAUCAACGCCGUCGAUGACGAAGGAUUAACUGCUCUCAUGAUUGCAUCUUAUCGAGGUCAUAAUGAGCUUGUCAAGCAACUAGUUGAGUGUGGUGCUGAUGUCAAUGCUACAACAAAAAAUAUGAUCAACGCGCUGAUGUUUGCUGCUUGUCAGGGUCAUGAUUAUAUUGUAUUUUGGUUGAUAAGAUUUAAUGCAAAUUUUAAACUCAUUAACUCACAAGGCGACAACCCUUUAAUGAUAGCUGCUGCAAAAGGACAUUUGAAAAUAGUUGAAUUGUUGUUAAGCCAAAAUAUUGAAGUAAAUUUAAUUAACAAAGGUAAGCGAAGCGCAUUGAUGUCCGCCACUUUGUCUGAACGUGAAAAUGUCGUAGACGUGUUAUUAAAACACAAAGCUGACGGUAACAUGUUAAAUGAUCAGCAUGUAACCUGCCUUAUGAUCGCUGCUGAAAAAGGAAAUGUAGGGAUUGUGCAAUCACUUUUGGAUCACCGUGUUAAUUGCAAUAUUCUAAAUAAGAAAAAAUGCAAUGCUUUGAUGUAUGCUGCAAAAAAUGGACAUUCUCAAAUUGUGAGUCUGCUUUUAAUUAACGGCAUCGAUGUAGACACUGUAAAUGCCGAAGGUGAAAGCGCACUUACGCUUGCACUUAAAUUCGGGCAUUUGGAAAUCGUAGGGUUAUUAAUUCAAAGGGAAGGUGUCUCUCAUCAGAGUAUAACGAUACAAUCAACUGAAGAUUUAACGUGGAUACAGCAAAAAGAUUUCGGUUCCAGGAUUAUUUCAGAACUUUUAAACAACGCAACUAUGCUAAAUUGUCCCAGUAUUGAUUAUAUUCUACAAAACUAUUACAUGUACACAGAUCAAUUAAAAUGUGGAGAAUUUAGUGAAUUAGACAGUGUUAUUAUAAACAUAACUAAAGAUGGUUAUUUAAAAAAAGAUGCUAUUUGCAAGAUGGUUGACAAGAUAAACAUUCUACCCUUACAUUUGGCAACGCACUUGAGUUUGACAGAUGUUGUAAAAGUCUUACUAAAACAUAACGCUGAUGUGAAUGCUCAAGAUCAUAACGGAGAUACCAGUUUAAUGAUUGCCUGCUCGUACUCUAAUUCUGAAUUAGCCAAACUUCUGAUUACCGCAAACACAAAUUUGCAUUUAAAAAAUUCUGUUGGUUUUACUGUGUUACACAUUGCUAUCCAAAACGAAUUAACAGAAGUUGUUGAAAUGUUAAUAGAAAAUAAAUAUAAUUUAAAAACUGAAUCCGAAAAAGGAGUCAAUGCAUUAAUUCUUGCUUGUUUGUUUGGAAACGAUAAAUUAGUUGAAAACUUAAUACAUAAGAAUGUUGAUUGCAACCACGUUUUAACAAAUGGUGUAAGCCCUCUAAUGUUAGCAUCUUACCUAGGCCAUCUUAAAAUUGUUCAACUUUUACUCGCACAUGAAGCGAAUAUCGAUUGUUUUCAUGAAACGGCUUGUGCUACAGCUUUAGCACUCGCAUCAUGUGAAGGAAAUAAUGAAAUAGUAAAAUUACUAUGUGAGUGUGCUAUGUCAAAAACGCAGUCAGACUGCUCUAAAAUCGACACCAUUAACUUCCAGAACAUUUAUGGUUUGACCACACUGAUUGAAACCGUGUGCAAUGGUAAAACCGAAACCGUAAAAAUCCUUUUAGAUUUUUCACCAGACUGUAGUCUCUCAUGCAAAAUAGGCAGAACUGCCUUACAUAGAGCAGCUGAAAAAGGUUUUUUUGAAAGUGCACAAUUACUGCUGAAACACAACACCCCAGUCGAUAAACUUGAUGAUUAUGGAUUCAAUGCUUUAAUGUUGGCGUCAGCGAAUGGUCAUAUUGAUAUCGUACGAGAACUGAUAAAUCGUGGUGCAGAGGUUAACCGCAUCAGCAUUGAUGGUCUAACUGCCUUAAUACUGGCUGUAUCAAAUGGACAUUUGGACGUGGUCAAGAUGCUGGUGCAACACGGGGCAGAUGUUAAUUUAGAGAGUCACCCAAUGUAUAACGCUGUAUCAGUUGCCCUGGUGGAAGGCCUGGACGAUAUUGCAAGAUUUCUUAUAACUAAAAAUGCAAAAGGGUACCACGCAUUGAAGGUUGCCGUCAAACUCGGCUUUAAAAAUGUUGUAGAUCUGCUGUUAAAACAUGACGAUACAUAUCUAAACGAUGCAGUGCUUUUGGCUGCUAAGUAUCAUAUGUUGGACAUUUUGCAAAUGAUUUUAAAAAACGUUGUCAAGCAUGUCACUGUGGAAACAAGUGGUCACUCGACGAAAUCUGCAAGUCAGUUUAAUCUAAAAAAUACUCCCAUCUACGGUAUAACGGCAACAGAUCAACCAGAAAAUUGUGAGAAUAUUCGAAUAAUGGUUCUGAAAUGUUACAAACAAAAAGUUUUUACGAGUAUUGAAAUUAUAUCCUCUAGAUUUAACUUUUUAUUUUCUAGCAAACUAAUCAGCAUUAUGUUUUAUUUAGCUGAAUGCAUGCACAUUGUUGUGUUGGAGCCAAUAUUUUAUCUACAUGUCCUUGAAAAUAAAAGCUUUUGUUUCUGGUUUUUUCUUUUUUAUGCAAUCGAAAACAGACGUAGUUUUGAGAUAAUCAUACGACGCACAAUACAAGCAUAUGAAGGUAAAUAA